AUGGUCUAUGCAAAUGAACCUGCAUAUGGAUGUCCUAUAACCGAUCACCACAUGAGAUAUAAGUUAAGUAGACAGCCUACAAAAACCAACCCCAUCGCACCAGAAACCAACCCCAUCGCACCAGGAACCAACCCCAUCGCACCAGAAACCAACCCCAUCGCACCAGAAACCAACCCCAUCGCACCAGAAACCAACCCCAUCGCACCAGAAACCAACCCCAUCGCACCAGGAACCAACCCCAUCGCACCAGAAACCAACCCCAUCGCACCAAAAACCAACCCCAUCGCACCAGAAACCAACCCCAUCGCACCAGAAACCAACCCCAUCGCACCAGAAACCAACCCCAUCGCACUAGAAACCAACCCCAUCGCACCAGAAACCAACCCCAUCGCACCAGAAACCAACCCCAUCGCACCAGAAACCAACCCCAUCGCACCAGAAACCAACCCCAUCGCACUAGAAACCAACCCCAUCGCACCAGGAACCAACCCCAUCGCACCAGAAACCAACCCCAUCGCACCAGAAACCAACCCCAUCGCACCAGAAACCAACCCCAUCGCAACAAAACACCGUCGGGCUUCCCGUACUCUCACUCCUCUUGCGUCGCUCCUUAUCAAACAUUCACGCGAGCCUCAUCAUGCCCAGGGAAAAAUUCAUGGGGAUCCGAUAGCCCUAGGGAUAUGUGCUCCGGCGUCGUAA